AGCUCCGAGAGCGACCCAUUCUUUCACAAACAUUUGUAGAAGCAGUCUGCAGGCCUAGGUGCUUGAUUUUAUACACCACUGGCCAUGGAGGUGCCCUCCCCAGGGAUUGGCUGAAACUGCAUAAAUAUUCAGGCCCAGAGUCUGCCUCUUCCAGCCCACAAUUAUUAUUAUAACCAAGUGGAAGCAACUGGGAACAACAGCAAAUCAGCCAUGAAGUGGUAGGCCAUGUAAAAUGACAGAGCAGGGUCAUCGCAUGUUGAAGCGCACAGUGCGCAGAAGUCGCCAACUGUCUGCUGAGUCAAUAGCUAAAGACCUCCAAACUUCAUGGGGCCUUCAUAUUAGCACAACAACAGUGUAUAGAGAGCUUUAUGGAAUGGGUUUCCAUGGCCGA